GUUUUAUUGCCUCUAAUAAAUUAAGCACAUUUUUUACAGCGUUCGCAAGAUGUUGUGUAAUAGUGCAAUCAUAUGUGUGUUAUUUGUUUUAUCUGUAAACAGUGCAGACCCAGUGGGGCAUCUACAGCCCCUUGGGUCCCACAUGGACCCCCUGCCCAUUGAAGUUCUGGAUACCAUGCCAAACCCCAUUGAUUUCUUUGAUAACUACGUCCAAAAAUCGAAGCCCGUUUUGUUCCGAGGUGCUGCGUUUAAAUUUCCUUCAUUUGAAAGUUGGAGGAGCGACGAUUACCUUUCGAAGAAAUAUGGGAACUGGAAGAUCGUUGCUGAGGAGGGGAAGAAAGAGGAUAGAGAUCUUGGAACAAUGGACAUGACAUUUAAAAAGUUUCUGCAAAUUUACAAAAAAACAGACAUUUAUCUUGUACAGGACGUUCUCCCUCCAAACCCUAUGACAACUGAAGUAUAUCUUCCAAAGUGUCUUUUAUGUGGUGGCUUUACUGAUUAUUUAAACACGAUGGUGAUGUGGUUUUCAUCUGGAGGGACAAAGUCUGUAUUACACAACGAUGGGUUCGAAAAUAUCAACUGUUUGUACGAUGGAUCAAAAGAACUGGUUAUGAUAGACAAGAAAUACAAAGACAUGGUACCAAUGGACAAAAAUGGUUAUAGUGGCUCCGAUGUGGAAAAGGUUGAUAUGUACAAAUAUCCUACAUUGGGAAAGGUUCCUUGGCACCUCGCAAAGAUGGAAAGUGGAGAUUGCUUCUACAUUCCGUAUCAAUGGUUCCACCAUGUGAACUCAAGCACGACCCGAAAUCUGGCGAUAAACAUUUGGUGGUCACAGUUAUACGAUCUACCACAGCGUGAGCAAUGCAUGGAGAAGUUGGACACUUUGCCUGACGCUGAACAACUCUUUAAAUAUAAAAUAGCACCUGGUAUUGAAAUGAGCAGGAACGUGCUGUUUGAAUCGUUUGACGAGGAAACAAAAACAACAACAAAAUCAAACUUUGUCAAACAGUUUGUUAAGAAUGUACUUGAUGGUUCUGAAGAAAUGAAUGAAGCCGCAGAAGCAGAAGCCAAAACUAUAGUUGAAGCUUUCUUUGACAAUGCAGACACCGAUAAAGAUGGAGUUUUAACAGUUGCUGAAGCAUUUGCUGUCAGUAGUGCUGAAUUGAAAGAGAUUCUAGGUGACAAAGGUCAAGAAUUUUUUGAAGAAGGCCAGUACGGUGGUGUUGGACCCACUGAAGAAAAUGCGAAAGAAGAACUUUAAUGCAAAAGAAAAUGAACUCUUUUUCAUGAUUCUACUUGAGCCAAAUCAUUUGUAUUUUGUAUUUUUGUUGUGAACUGAUACAAAAGAUGCCAUGUGAGAUUACCGCCAUUUGAGAUUAAUAAAUGCUGAGAUAAUGACA